GAAAAAUCACUUGGACACUCGUCGAGCACUGACAAUCUCUCAAGAUGAAGUUUGCAUUAGCAUUCGUUGUCUUGUUGGCAAUCACAAGCACCAUCUCAUCGUACUCAAUCAAUCGCCAAGAUGAAGAAGGAUUUAUCGAAAAUUUUGAAGAAAAACGCGCCCUUACAGAUUUUUGGAACAAAGUAAAGACCGCUGCAUCAAAACUGAAGGACGACAUCAAAGGCAAGGUAUUAAAAGUCUUGGAAGAGUACAAACCAAAGAUUGUUGGUGCCUUAAACAACUUCAAAAAAGUGGUUGUUGAUGGUACCAAGAAAGUCAUCAUUGAGGUGUGUGGACAAAUUGUUCGAGUUAUUGCUGAUGGUGAAAGUGCUACAUCUGGUGGCAUCUGUCCAUCUUCAGUUAAGGCUUCAGAAAUUUACGCUGAGAUUAGUGAUGCUCAACCAAGCGCUCUCUCCUUUGGUGACAUUUGGGCCAAAGUAAAAACAGCCGUUACUGAUCUUGGAGACAAAAUCGACGCCAAAACAAAAGAAUUGAUCAAUAAAUACAAACCACAAAUUGUCGAAGGAUUAAAAAAAGUACACAAAGUCGUCGUUAUUGAAGGAAAGAAAAUCGUCAUCCAGAUUAUUAACGAUGUUGUAAAGGUUGUUGUUGGUGGAGAUGAUGGGGCGUCGACUACUGUUGUCAAGAGGGGUAUUUCUGACACUUGGAACAAAGUAAAGACCGCUGCAUCAAAACUGAAGGACGACAUCAAAGGCAAGGUAUUAAAAGUCUUGGAAGAGUACAAACCAAAGAUUGUUGGUGCCUUAAACAACUUCAAAAAAGUGGUUGUUGAUGGUACCAAGAAAGUCAUCAUUGAGGUGUGUGGACAAAUUGUUCGAGUUAUUGCUGAUGGUGAAAGUGCUACAUCUGGUGGCAUCUGUCCAUCUUCAGUUAAGACUUCAGAAAUUUACGUUGAGAUUAGUGAUGCUCAACCAAGCGCUUUCUCCUUUGGUGACAUUUGGGCCAAAGUAAAAACAGCCGUUACUGAUCUUGGAGACAAAAUCGACGCCAAAACAAAAGAAUUGAUCAAUAAAUACAAACCACAAAUUGUCGAAGGAUUAAAAAAAGUACACAAAGUCGUCGUUAUUGAAGGAAAGAAAAUCGUCAUCCAGAUUAUUAACGAUGUUGUAAAGGUUGUUGUUGGUGGAGAUGAUGGGGCGUCGACUACUGUUGUCAAGAGGGGUAUUUCUGACACUUGGAACAAAGUAAAGACCGCUGCAUCAAAACUGAAGGACGACAUCAAAGGCAAGGUAUUAAAAGUCUUGGAAGAGUACAAACCAAAGAUUGUUGGUGCCUUAAACAACUUCAAAAAAGUGGUUGUUGAUGGUACCAAGAAAGUCAUCAUUGAGGUGUGUGGACAAAUUGUUCGAGUUAUUGCUGAUGGUGAAAGUGCUACAUCUGGUGGCAUCUGUCCAUCUUCAGUUAAGACUUCAGAAAUUUACGUUGAGAUUAGUGAUGCUCAACCAAGCGCUCUCUCCUUUGGUGACAUUUGGGCCAAAGUAAAAACAGCCGUUACUGAUCUUGGAGACAAAAUCGACGCCAAAACAAAAGAAUUGAUCAAUAAAUACAAACCACAAAUUGUCGAAGGAUUAAAAAAAGUACACAAAGUCGUCGUUAUUGAAGGAAAGAAAAUCGUCAUCCAGAUUAUUAACGAUGUUGUAAAGGUUGUUGUUGGUGGAGAUGAUGGGGCGUCGACUACUGUUGUCAAGAGGGGUAUUUCUGACACUUGGAACAAAGUAAAGACCGCUGCAUCAAAACUGAAGGACGACAUCAAAGGCAAGGUAUUAAAAGUCUUGGAAGAGUACAAACCAAAGAUUGUUGGUGCCUUAAACAACUUCAAAAAAGUGGUUGUUGAUGGUACCAAGAAAGUCAUCAUUGAGGUGUGUGGACAAAUUGUUCGAGUUAUUGCUGAUGGUGAAAGUGCUACAUCUGGUGGCAUCUGUCCAUCUUCAGUUAAGACUUCAGAAAUUUACGUUGAGAUUAGUGAUGCUCAACCAAGCGCUCUCUCCUUUGGUGACAUUUGGGCCAAAGUAAAAACAGCCGUUACUGAUCUUGGAGACAAAAUCGACGCCAAAACAAAAGAAUUGAUCAAUAAAUACAAACCACAAAUUGUCGAAGGAUUAAAAAAAGUACACAAAGUCGUCGUUAUUGAAGGAAAGAAAAUCGUCAUCCAGAUUAUUAACGAUGUUGUAAAGGUUGUUGUUGGUGGAGAUGAUGGGGCGUCGACUACUGUUGUCAAGAGGGGUAUUUCUGACACUUGGAACAAAGUAAAGACCGCUGCAUCAAAACUGAAGGACGACAUCAAAGGCAAGGUAUUAAAAGUCUUGGAAGAGUACAAACCAAAGAUUGUUGGUGCCUUAAACAACUUCAAAAAAGUGGUUGUUGAUGGUACCAAGAAAGUCAUCAUUGAGGUGUGUGGACAAAUUGUUCGAGUUAUUGCUGAUGGUGAAAGUGCUACAUCUGGUGGCAUCUGUCCAUCUUCAGUUAAGACUUCAGAAAUUUACGUUGAGAUUAGUGAUGCUCAACCAAGCGCUCUCUCCUUUGGUGACAUUUGGGCCAAAGUAAAAACAGCCGUUACUGAUCUUGGAGACAAAAUCGACGCCAAAACAAAAGAAUUGAUCAAUAAAUACAAACCACAAAUUGUCGAAGGAUUAAAAAAAGUACACAAAGUCGUCGUUAUUGAAGGAAAGAAAAUCGUCAUCCAGAUUAUUAACGAUGUUGUAAAGGUUGUUGUUGGUGGAGAUGAUGGGGCGUCGACUACUGUUGUCAAGAGGGGUAUUUCUGACACUUGGAACAAAGUAAAGACCGCUGCAUCAAAACUGAAGGACGACAUCAAAGGCAAGGUAUUAAAAGUCUUGGAAGAGUACAAACCAAAGAUUGUUGGUGCCUUAAACAACUUCAAAAAAGUGGUUGUUGAUGGUACCAAGAAAGUCAUCAUUGAGGUGUGUGGACAAAUUGUUCGAGUUAUUGCUGAUGGUGAAAGUGCUACAUCUGGUGGCAUCUGUCCAUCUUCAGUUAAGACUUCAGAAAUUUACGUUGAGAUUAGUGAUGCUCAACCAAGCGCUUUCUCCUUUGGUGACAUUUGGGCCAAAGUAAAAACAGCCGUUACUGAUCUUGGAGACAAAAUCGACGCCAAAACAAAAGAAUUGAUCAAUAAAUACAAACCACAAAUUGUCGAAGGAUUAAAAAAAGUACACAAAGUCGUCGUUAUUGAAGGAAAGAAAAUCGUCAUCCAGAUUAUUAACGAUGUUGUAAAGGUUGUUGUUGGUGGAGAUGAUGGGGCGUCGACUACUGUUGUCAAGAGGGGUAUUUCUGACACUUGGAACAAAGUAAAGACCGCUGCAUCAAAACUGAAGGACGACAUCAAAGGCAAGGUAUUAAAAGUCUUGGAAGAGUACAAACCAAAGAUUGUUGGUGCCUUAAACAACUUCAAAAAAGUGGUUGUUGAUGGUACCAAGAAAGUCAUCAUUGAGGUGUGUGGACAAAUUGUUCGAGUUAUUGCUGAUGGUGAAAGUGCUACAUCUGGUGGCAUCUGUCCAUCUUCAGUUAAGACUUCAGAAAUUUACGUUGAGAUUAGUGAUGCUCAACCAAGCGCUCUCUCCUUUGGUGACAUUUGGGCCAAAGUAAAAACAGCCGUUACUGAUCUUGGAGACAAAAUCGACGCCAAAACAAAAGAAUUGAUCAAUAAAUACAAACCACAAAUUGUCGAAGGAUUAAAAAAAGUACACAAAGUCGUCGUUAUUGAAGGAAAGAAAAUCGUCAUCCAGAUUAUUAACGAUGUUGUAAAGGUUGUUGUUGGUGGAGAUGAUGGGGCGUCGACUACUGUUGUCAAGAGGGGUAUUUCUGACACUUGGAACAAAGUAAAGACCGCUGCAUCAAAACUGAAGGACGACAUCAAAGGCAAGGUAUUAAAAGUCUUGGAAGAGUACAAACCAAAGAUUGUUGGUGCCUUAAACAACUUCAAAAAAGUGGUUGUUGAUGGUACCAAGAAAGUCAUCAUUGAGGUGUGUGGACAAAUUGUUCGAGUUAUUGCUGAUGGUGAAAGUGCUACAUCUGGUGGCAUCUGUCCAUCUUCAGUUAAGACUUCAGAAAUUUACGUUGAGAUUAGUGAUGCUCAACCAAGCGCUCUCUCCUUUGGUGACAUUUGGGCCAAAGUAAAAACAGCCGUUACUGAUCUUGGAGACAAAAUCGACGCCAAAACAAAAGAAUUGAUCAAUAAAUACAAACCACAAAUUGUCGAAGGAUUAAAAAAAGUACACAAAGUCGUCGUUAUUGAAGGAAAGAAAAUCGUCAUCCAGAUUAUUAACGAUGUUGUAAAGGUUGUUGUUGGUGGAGAUGAUGGGGCGUCGACUACUGUUGUCAAGAGGGGUAUUUCUGACACUUGGAACAAAGUAAAGACCGCUGCAUCAAAACUGAAGGACGACAUCAAAGGCAAGGUAUUAAAAGUCUUGGAAGAGUACAAACCAAAGAUUGUUGGUGCCUUAAACAACUUCAAAAAAGUGGUUGUUGAUGGUACCAAGAAAGUCAUCAUCGAGGUGUGUGGACAAAUUGUUCGAGUUAUUGCUGAUGGUGAAAGUGCUACAUCUGGUGGAAUCUGUCCAUCUUCAAUUAAGACUUCCGAAAUUUACGUUGAGAUUAGUGAUGCUCAACCAAGUGCUCUCUCAUUUGGUGACAUUUGGGCCAAAGUAAAAACAGCCGUUACUGAUCUUGGAGACAAAAUCGACGCCAAAACAAAAGAAUUGAUCAAUAAAUACAAACCAAAAAUUGUCGAAGGAUUAAAAAAAGUACACAAAGUCGUUGUUAUUGAAGGAAAGAAAAUUGUUAUCCAGAUUAUUAACGAUGUUGUAAAGGUUGUUGUUGGUGGAGAUGAUGGAGUAUCGACCACGAAUUAUUGAAAUGGCAUAGAUUUUCACGUGGAGAAGAUUAUAACUUGUGUAACUUUUAAGUGAAUACGGAAAAAAUUCAAAAGGAA